GGAAUGUUGGUCUCACAGAUUCUGGUGCCGAGGAUCUCGUCUCCGCUCUCAGUACAAAACCAUCACUGACGGAGCUGGACCUGAGUGAGAAUGAACUGGGAGAUUCAGGAGUUAAACUGGUGUCUGCAGCUCUGAGGAACCAGGAGUGUAAAAUACAGAAACUGUGGCUGAGGAAUGUCGGUCUCACAGAUUCUGGUGCAGGCGACCUCGCCUCUGCUCUCAGUACAAACCCAUCAAUGACGGAGCUGGGCCUGGGCUGUAAUAAACUGGGAGAUUCAGGAGUGAAACUGGUGUCUGCGGCUUUGAGGAGCCUGGAGUGUAAAAUACAGAAACUGUGGCUGGACAGUGCCGAUCUCACAGAUUCUGGUGUCGAGGAUCUCUUCUCCGUCCUCAGUAUAAACCCAUCACUGACGGAGCUGGACCUGAAUGGUAAUAAACUGGGAGAUUCAGGAGUGAAACUGGUGUCUGCGGCUCUGAGGAACGCAGAGUGUAAAAUACAGAAACUGGGGCUGGAGCGUGUCGGUCUCACAGAUUCUGGUGCCGAGGAUCUCGUCUCCGCUCUCAGUACAUACCCAUCACUGACGGGGCUGAAACUGGGACUAAACUCGCUGACAGACGGAUCAGUCCCCGCUCUCCGCCGCCUCAUACUGAACCACCAGAGGCUGAAGUGGAUCGAGUUGCUGAAGAAUAAGUUCAGUGAGACCGGGGAGAAGGAACUGAGACCUCUGCGGGGAGUCAGACCCGGACUGACAGUGGCCGUGUGAACAUCUGAAUGAGUGAACACCCCCACCCAUGGGAUGGCAACAUUUUGUCCGAUUCGCCGCCCUCCCCUUUAACUCCCGCCCUUAACUUAAUUGAGGCACACCGGGGGUAAUUCCCAACAGUUUUAACGGAACCUGCUCCAGUCUUGAGCUCGGUGACAUCGGAAGCGGUCCAUCGUGACGUAUAUCUGCCUGUUGUCCGGCGGAACAGCUUCGGCCGGAUGUGCGGGCUCGAGACUUCGCCACUUGAGACUCUGGGGAAUCACACAGACAGGAAGAGCCCGGGAUCCGGGACUCAGUCUGGAAUAGCGGUGUCCCGGGGUGGGAUUACCCCGGGAGAGAAUCCUUUUGCUCCCUUUGCUGAGGACGGUGCAUUCGGCAGCCUGGCCGAUAUAAUGAUGUUAAAUGGACAAAUCCCUCGGCAGUGACCCUGGAUCUGCAGCGAUCCCGGACACGGCCCUGAAGUGUGAUUUUAUAAUCAUCGGUUCCCCGAUGCAGAGUGACGGUGAGAAACGGGACUGAUUAUUCAAACUGUCACUCGUUGUCGCCAGUCAGUUAAUUGUGUUUGACUGUGAGUGAGUGGAUUUACAUUUGUCGUGACGAAAUCAAUAAACCGCUGUAACUUCC